AUGACGACCGGUGCGUGGUACAUCUGUGUCGAACGCGCACCCUGUGUCUCUCUCGACAAGGUCGUCGACGACAUGACAGAAGAGCAGCUCCAGCACGUUGCUGCCCAGCUCAAGUCCAUUCUGCGGCAGAUGCACACCGUCAAACCGAAGACGCUCGGGGCGCACGCAUUCACGAGCGUCGGCGAGUUCACCGACUACUUCCGCCGCAUGCUGUUGUAUUUCAGCGCCGAAGACUGGACCGAGCAGCUGCUCUCGCACUUUCCCCGGAACGCCCCCAUCCGGUUCACCCACAGGGACUUGAUCCCGAGGAACAUCAUCGUCGACGGGUCCACGAUCACUGCUGUUGUCGACUGGGCCACGGGGGGCUUCUACCCGGAAUACUGGGAAUACUGCAGGAUGUACAACUCUGACUGGUUGACGCCAGGAUGGACGUGCAUCCUCCAGAUCAUCUACCUGGCCCUCGGCGGGACGCGGAGGUAG